AGUUAUAACUUCUUACCAAGAUGUAAAAAAGAAAAACACUGAACAACAAAAAAACAAGUUUAGGGGUGAAAGUUGUAAGGGAGAGAGGAGGCGAGGAGCUAAAAGUUAAGGUGAUUGAAUGAGUGAGAAAGAGUUUGGGUUGUUGUUAUGUGUAGUGUAGCUUGUACAAGAACAGCAGGAGACGCAGUGAUGAGAUCACAGGGAUCUUUAAUCCUCUUUCUGACCAAACACUGCCACACUCAUCACUGGCAUCAUCAAGGGCUCUUAUAGGCCUACAAAGAAUUCCUCUUCCCUAUAGCCUCUAUAUACUGUUCCAUCAUCACCACCACCACCACCACCCCACCACCACACAAAUCUCACUCACAUUCUCCUCUCUUUUCUCUCUUUUACUCACUCACAGUGCCUGCGAGGAAAAAAUAUGGAAAAUUUGCAGGAAGUUUCCCAACAAGAUCCCUCUUGAAAGUGGGUGUUUCUAGUUCCCUGCUUUGCUUGGUCAAGUGGGGUAUUAAAUAAUUGACCCUAUUUGUACUGCUUGGUACAUAAAAGAGGCACAAUUAUCAAAAGCUGUGUAAAAAGAGAGAGAGAGAGAGAGAGAGAGAGAGAAAGGCAGAGAGAUGGGUUAGGCUGAAAAUAGAGUUCGUUUAGGCUUCUGGGUCUUGCUUGGUUUUCUUUAUUCUUUUAUCAGAAUAGGUUGGGGGCUUUGGUUUGCGGUGUUGAGUAAAUGGAACUGGGAAAACUGAAUGGCAGGGCGUUUUGGGAGAGGCAUCAGCAGAAGCAGAAGUAUCAGGUUUCAGAGUGGUGGCAGUUGCACAAGCAACAAGAGGAGAGUACUAGUACUACUGGGAAGAAAAAGGAGAGUAAAGAAUCAACAACCCACUAAGAAAAAGUUUGCUGUUCCAUUAAAAGCUGGAAGAGCAAAAGCACAACGGACUGAGUCUGGAUCCUCAAAGGAAUCAUCAUUAUUACCUAAAUUCAAGUCACUUAGAAGAAGAGCAACACCAUCAAGAUUCUCCAUCACAACAAAAAGAAAAUCAUCACCCUCAAGACCCAGUUUUCUAUUUCCAGCAAUACCCCCAUCAAUACCAGAACCAAAAUCAUCAGCAGUUUUUGUAUGGAGGCCUAGACUCACUCUCACAACCACAAACCCCAAAGAAACGCUCUCACUUUUUAUUUUCAGCUUCAGCUUCAGCUCCGCCUCCACCUCCUACUUCAACUUGCAUCGAAUAUGCAAGAAAAAUGGGAGAGAACCACCACCAAGCAAACACAUCGACAAGAUUUGGGAUAAGAAGCGGAGGGGGCGAGAUCGUAGAGGUCCAAGGAGGCCACAUUGUUCGCUCUACUGGACGCAAGGACCGCCACAGCAAGGUCUGCACUGCAAAGGGACCCAGAGACCGCCGUGUACGCCUCUCCGCACACACCGCCAUCCAGUUCUACGACGUCCAGGACCGCCUCGGCUACGACCGUCCCAGCAAGGCCGUCGAUUGGCUCAUCAAAAAGGCCAAAACCGCCAUCGACGAACUCGAAGAGCUUCCAGCAUGGAAGCCCACCACUUUGACCAUCUCACAACAACAAGACCAGCAGCAACACCAGCACCAGACCCAGAUACUCGACGAGAACCAGAAUCCAACUGGUAUUCACUGCAGCGCGGUGGAUACCGUUGCUUCUGGCUGUAGGACAGCAACUACAAUGGUGGGUUGCGAUGGUGGUAGAGUUUCAGAUACUAAUAUUCAUAAUCUUCAGCAUCAAAUGAGCGAGAACCCGAAUAAUAACAGUAGUAGUAGUUCGAGUUUUCUACCACCAUCGAUGGACUCAGACUCCAUUGCUGACACAAUCAAGUCCUUUUUCCCAAUGGGUGCAUCUGCUGAGACCACACAGUUUCAGAAUUACCACCCACCACCAGAUUUGCUGUCAAGAACCAGUAGCCAGAGCCAAGAUCUGCGGCUCUCACUUCAAUCUUUUCACGACCCAAUUCUUCUGCACCAGCACCAAGCCCAGACCCAUCAUCAAAAUGAGCAUGAGCAUGAGCAUAUGCUCUUCUCUGGAGCCACACCGUUGGGUUUUGAUGGGUCAUCUGCUGGGUGGUCUGAGCACCACCACCACCCAGCAGAGAUUAACCGCUUCCAGAGAAUGCUAGCUUGGAAUGCUGGUACAGGUGCAGAAACUGGUAGUGCCAGUAGUAGUGGUGUUGGUGGUGAAUUUAUCUUCAAUUCGCCACCUACAACUUCCACUCAGCAACUACUGCAGCCGUUUUUCGGCCAAAACCAGUUUUUUCAACAGAGGGGACCCCUUCAGUCCAGUAACACACCUUCAGUUCGCGCUUGGAUAGACCCGACCAUUGCCACUGCCACUCAUCCCCAUCUUAUUCCACCAACAUUCCAUCAGUCUUCCAUUUCAGGAAUCGGUUUCGCCCCUGGCGGAUUCUCCGGGUUUCGAGUUCCAGCACGUUUCCAGGGUGAAGAGGAACACGACGGCAUCUCCCAUAAGCUGUCCUCUGCUUCCUCCAAUUCUCGCCAUUGAUUGAAAAAUAAUAAUAAUAAUCCGGAAUUCCCUCUCUGUACAAGGAGUCUUCUAUCUUCCAGAAGGAGGCUAAGAAAGUAAGCUUUUAUGCCGAUCAAGAAUUAGUAGGGAGGAGAAUGUUUGGUCAAUUCAAUCGAUGGUGCUUGUACCGUGGGGAGAAGAAAUCUGAGUGCAGUUCAGGUUAUUCAAUCCGUGGUUUGUUUAGCUUCUAUCAGCUGAUUAUGUUUUUAGCUUUGUUGUUAUGUUUGCGUGGGCUCUUAAAGCUCAAACGCUGUUUAAGCUUUGUUGAAUUGGAUUGCUAAGUGUUUCUGUUGUCAGACUUUUUUGUUAUGUCAUGCUGUUUGCCUUCAGCUUCCA